GACUGGCGCCUCUGCAACACUCCAUCACCCUGCCAUAUUCUCCAAACGCCCAAAAAUAAUAUACAAUGGGUCGCGAACUCCAGAAGAAGAAGAACAAGUCUUCCAUCCCCAAGAAGCGCCAGAAUGGCCCGUCCAAGAAGAAGAUUCUGCAGAACCCCAUCAUAGCCAAGCACUGGAACCAGAAAGAAACUCUAUCGCAAAACUACCGCCGUCUCGGUCUCACAGCACGCCUCAACCACGCAACGGGUGGUACCGAGAAGACGAUUGCCCUGCUCGGCCUCAACGACGCAAAUUCCUCGCGCGCCGACAUAGCCGCUGGUAGCACCGCCGAUGCCCUGAACAUCGUAUCCAAAGCCAAAAAGCCCGAGAACAUCCCCACUGAGGAGAUCGAAGUCGAGCGCGACCCCGAGACCGGUGCCAUUCUCCGCGUAACAGGCACCCUAGAGAAGAAGGACAACCCACUCAACGACCCGCUCGUCGAGAUCGAGAAUGAAGACGAGGACAUAGAAUGGAAUGGUUUCGCCAUGGUGCCCGAGCAAAGGGGUGGCGAAACAGAGAACCCAGUCAUCAGAGAACUAGAACAGGCGGCGUUGAACGGUGCGAAGAAGGCUCCCCGAGGCCAGAGUCAGCGUGAGCAAGAGUGGGUUGAGCGCUUGGUUGCCAAGUAUGGGGACGACUAUGCCAAGAUGGCACGGGAUCGCAAACUCAACCCUAUGCAACAAACGGCUGCGGACAUCAGGAAACGAGUUACCAAGUGGCAGAAAUUACAAGGAAAGCCAUGGACAGGAUAGGCGGAUGAGGCAUAAGAAGCGGCGUUUUGGAGUUUUCGGUGCAUGAGUCACUCAAAACUAGCUCGAACUAUCUACUUACAUACAGUAUCUUACGGCUUACCAGCGAUGAUCGUCUUCGGUAGCUAUCUCAAUCUUUGCCAAUUCUGGUAUCGGCACCUCACUUUCUUCCAAACACAUCACAGGUAUCAUUUCACAUGCGUUCCAGGACAAGUAGUGGUGUGUGGUCUGUAUUGUUGGACGUCAUUCUCUUUUUUGCUGUACCCGCGCGCCCACCGCCUAUCAUCCUAGACAUAGCUAUGAAUUUCGGUAUAAGAAAGCACAUCAAAUCCAAGAUGGCGGCAUGCCUUUACCUAC